AUGACCAUCCUCAAGGGCAUCCCAAAGAUCCUGCCGCCGGAGCUGCUCUUUGCACUGGCCAAGAUGGGACACGGCGACGAGCUAGUCCUGGGCGAUGCCAACUUUCCAUCAGAGAGCGUGGGUGCCCACACGCCCUGCAACGUGAUUCGUUGUGAUGCACUGGGUGCCGUUGAUCUUCUCAAGGCCAUCCUGCAGGUUUUGCCCUUGGACACAACGUGCGGUCCCUGCGCGCUCAUGGAAAUGAUGGACAUGCACAAGGCGGCGGGCUGGAAGACUCCCAUCUGGGACGAGUACAAGGCUGCCGUGAAGGAGGCUGAGGGCCGCACCAUCGAUUUUGAAGAGGUGGAGCGAUUCGCAUUUUACGAGCGUGCCAAGAAGGCGUAUGUUGUGGUGGCGACCGGCGAAGAAGCCUUUUACGCCAACAUCAUUCUUAAGAAAGGCAUCAUUGGCUCAACCGGUAGCGAUUAG